GACAGUUCCUCUAACAAACGUACACAUUUCAAAGCGUACCAGUGUGACACAACGUUAAAAGGUCUAAACCGGAAGCCGAGAGCAUAAUAUAUUUUUCUAGAAUUAAUUUUUCAAUAUCGAUAUUUUUGUGUCUCCCGCGUCUAUUCGGCAACCAUUACGAUGGAUGGAGACACUAAAGAGAAGGUGGCGAACAUCUCUAAGACAACUCGUAAGGGGGAGUCUGAGAGGCGAACCUUUACAGAAAACAAAUUCAGAGGUCGAGGUUUCCAAGGCCGUGGUCGAAUGGGUUCUAUGAGCCGAGGUGGUGGACGGGGCACGAUGAAAGUCAUCGGUCCACCUUUUCACUGGAGGGGUCCAAUGAAGGAUGGAGCGAUGAACGGCUUUUCCCCCAUGAGAGGAAUGGGGAGAAUGCGACCCUACCCUGAACUCAGAGGUCAUCGAGGUAGGCAUGGACCAAUAGGCAUGGGUCCUCUGCCUCCCCCCAUGCACUUUAGAGGUCCCUUCCCGCCCAUGCCCAGACACGGCCCUCCUCCACUGCCACCUCCAGGCCACCUGGCUUUUAGAGGGCAUCUUCCACACCCCAGAGGCCGUGGCAUGCCUGUCCCCGGCCCCCCUCGUCACUUCCACCCCAGAGGUCCAAGAGGCUACCACAAUGGACCAGUGUAUCCUCCGCCUCACCCUCCACAUGGCAGAGGCCAGAGGUGGCCGGGGCCCACUGCUGGCCGCCACUUUUAAUACAGCCUGUUCUAGAAACAGCACAAAAGACCACUUCCUAUUCAAAAAAGGUGAAAACCUCAUUGCUUUACUUUUUUUUUUUACACGUGAGUGAGUAAUGCCUCACAUCUUAUUAAUGUAAUGUGAUGCACACGUUUUAACCUUCCUUCUGUUACCUAGAUAUAGUUUUUUUUUGGUAACAACCUCACCAAGCUGUUUCCACUUGUUUAGUAUUCAUAUAUAUUGUUAUUGUGCAGCUAUUUAACAAAUAUUACUGUUUGGAACAUGAAUGUUUGUCUUCAACACAGUGCUGAGUAGUGUUAAACAAAUAGUGAUUACAUUAUCUUUUUUUUCUGGAAUGAAAAGGUUUGUUCCACUGUAAUUAACGACACAACUUUUGUCAACUUUGUAGAAAAAAGAAAUAAAGUAAAAUAAAUAAAG